UGACGGUAAAGUUAUUUUCGUGAAAGCGUAAAGAUAGUUCGCAGGGUUUCACUUUCCAAGGUAUUCAAAGUUACCCAUACUUUUACUUAGAAUUUUACAGAUUUGAACUGAAAACAAUUUCCCCACGGCCUGUUGAAAUACACAUGGCCACAUAAUAAUAAAAUUCUACAAAGUACUGAGGAUUUCACAAGUCUGAAGAUGAGUCGUCAAAGAUCUGCAGACGCUGCCCGCUUCAAACCAAAAUAUUUUUACCAGUUCAGAAUUAUUUUAAUCGGCGACAGCACUGUUGGAAAAUCCUCGCUUUUGCGGCAGUUUACGGAAGGGCAAUUUAUCGAAAACUCCGACCCAACUGUCGGUGUGGAUUUUCAUGUCAGGGUUGUGAUGCUUACAUCUGAUGUCAGAAUAAAGUUGCAGAUCUGGGACACUGCAGGACAGGAAAGAUUUCGUGCCAUCACAUACUCAUACUAUAGAAACACUGUUGGCUGCUUGAUUGUUUAUGAUAUCACUAACAGGGAAUCAUUUCUUAAUGUUAAAGACUGGUAUACAGAGGCAAAGAACUGCGUAGAGGAAAGUGAUGUUGUCUUCAUGUUGAUCGGUCAUAAAAUUGACAAAGAAUCAAUGAGGAAAGUUUCCACAGAGGAAGGAGAACGAUUUGCAGAAGCAAACAAUAUGAUGUUUAUUGAAACAUCAGCUAAGGUUUUAUGCAAUAUCGAGGAAGCUUUUUUCAGAGUGACUGAGGAAGUACAUAAACGUAUGGAGAGAGGAGACCUGGGACUGAGAGAUGGCUGGGAUGGAAUUAAGGCACUGCCUAUGCGGCCCACAGAUGUGUUGGGUAUUGGACAUGCUAUUUCAGCUGAAGACUUGCUGGAACAUCAUCAGGAGUCUAAAAAGUGCUGCAUGGGUUGAUAAAUUUUUUUUCAAAUAUGCACUAGUUAAAAAAAAUUAUCUUAAUCCUCUACAAACUUGCUUCUAAACUAAUCUAGAUGUAUCCCUUUAGCAAACAUGUAGAAUUUUUACUCUGGUAGAGGUGUAAAAAUAUUAACACUAACAAUGUUCACUCCACAAACUAAAUUUACUCAACUUAAAACCUUUCUUAGAAAUCAGCUGAGGAAUUUUCUCCCA